UAUGCACCCAGAUCAGGAAGUAAGCAUUUUUAACUGUGGGUCUGCUGCUUAUCCACUCGACCGUGUGUGUGUGUGUGUACGACUGUGUGUGUGUAUGUAUAUGUAUGUGUGUGUGUGUGUUGAUAAGCUGCUCUUAGCUGUACAAUGACCCUCUUACUGCAAAAACUCCAAUAAAUCACUUAUGGACUCCAUCCUACAGCUACAGCAUGGGAUCCAGACUCAAAGAAAACCCAGAGAGGACAUUUUACUGGUUCUUUCAAGCCUCGUGUCCAAUCGCCAGGGACAAAGAUCCAGGCGUGCUGUUUCAGUUCCCAGAGGACUUCAGUGAUGAGGAGUGUCUGCAGUCACUUCCUCGUUUCUGCUUCCCAUAUGACAUAGAGAGGGUGAGGGAUGGAGUGGCUGUCCAGCACUUCACCUUUGUGUUGACUGAUCUGGAAGGAUGUCAGCGAUUCGGUUUCUGCAGACUCACCUCCAGCUCCCAGACCUGCCUGUGCAUCCUCAGUUACCUGCCCUGGUUCGAGGUCUUUUACAAACUGUUGAACAACCUGGCAGAUUAUGUGACAAAAGGCCAGACUAAAGAAAUGCUGGAUUUACUGACGGCACUUUAUAAACACCCUGUGCCAUUGGCUAAUGGCUCUGUCACUCUACAGCUGGGAGAACAGCUACAUAUUGGGAGUGAGGUGCCAUUCAUCUGUGGCCACACCCCCUCCUCAAUGAGUAAAGGCUCAGGGAUCCCGUAUUUUAUAGCUCCGGAUCCAAAGGCUUUACCAUCCAUACCAGAAAGUAGGAACCUGACGGAGCUCGUCGUGGCUGUGGACGUGGGGAACCUGCUGCAGCUGUAUGCUAGCAUGCUGUUUGAGAGGCGCAUCCUCAUUAGCUGCAGCAAACUCAGCACGCUGACGGCGUGUGUACAUGCGUGUUGCAGCAUGCUCUUCCCCAUGUACUGGCAACACAUCUUCAUACCUGUCCUGCCUCCACACCUCCUCGACUACUGCUGUGCUCCGAUGCCGUACCUUAUCGGAGUUCAUUCCAGUCUAAUAGAGAGAGUGAGGAGUCCUGCUCUGGAGGACGUGGUCAUUCUGAACGUGGACACCAACACUAUGGAGUCUCCUCACGAUGACCUGAAGAAGCUCCCAUCAGAUGUGGUCACAGCUCUGAAAGUGCGUCUGAAGCGUCAGGCGGCGUCUCCAGGUGCUGGUGUGGCUCGAGCGUUUCUCAGAGCUCAGGCUCUGCUGUUCGGAGGCUAUAGAGACGCCUUAGUGUACUCUACUGGAGGACCCGUGGCAUUCAGUGAAGACCUGUUCCUCACCCACAAGUCUCAAAGCAUGAAGCAGUUCCUCGAGAGUGCCGUUCACCUGCAGUUUUUCAAGCAGUUUAUUGAUGGGCGUCUGGAGAUGCUGAACCAGGGCAAAGAACCAGACGAUCUGUUUGAGGAAGAAAUACUGCAGUGUGGAGCAUCAUCAGGCGGCUCCAAAUCGUACCAGCAGUUGGUGGGCAACCUUAAGAAAGGAGGAGGUGCUCUGCUCCUGACCAUGAAGUCCAAGGCUCAAAUGUGCAAAACUGUCACACAUCAGAGCAAGCUUGGACUGAAGAACCUUAUUUCAUCAAAGGAGCAGAAGGACUCUCUCCAGAGGGGCGGAUCCGUAUGUGGCACACAUACAUAUCGCCUCAUCCAAUCAGAUUGCCUUCAGAACCGAAUACCAAUCACACAGCACUUCGGGAAGUCCCGGCCGCGGAGGCCUACACGCAAGAACGCCAGCCCGCAGAUGGAGGAGCCGCCACAAGACAACAGCAGUUAUGGAGAGGAGAGUCAAAUAGAGUCGGGCUCCAGCGCUGGUGACCUCCAAGAUGACCCCGACCUGUCUGUGCUGCCUGACCCAGAGGAGAUGGACCUUCUGGGGGAAAUUUUCGACACACUGAGCGCCCAGAGUUCCAGAGAGCCUGGGCUGCUGUACAGCACACGUAGCCUGGACCUCUUCAACUCUGAUUGCACUGACUUCAUCACCAGAAGAAGCUUGACCACGCCCAGUCAGGAGAGCUUGAACCUUUCCAUCGGUAACAGUGGCAGUCUGAGGAGCUGGGAGGAGGGGCUUGAGGAGGGACCUGACAUGGAGGGGGAGGGGUCUGAGGCAGCUACCGACCAAUCAGGGAGGAAUGAGUUUGGAGCGAGGCCAUCAGGGGAGGAGUUGUGUGUGGAUCUCGGAAGGUUGGUGGAUGAUCUCAAUGGUCUUGGGGAGGAGCUUAAAGAGGAACUAGGCGAUCUUCAGCCAGCUCAAGAUGGAAAAUGGGCAGAGCACUCUGGGCAGGGUGGUGAUACAAGGGAAAAGGAAAGAACAAAGGGAAGCAACGAUGACCAAAAAGAAAACAGUAAUCAACAACCCGAGGAGAACGACCUGGACGCUCCAGUCAGUGACUCUCCAAAGGAAGUAACCGAGGCCUCUUUAGAACCUCAACAGGAACAUGAAGCAAUUGAGGCCUCUGUAGAACCCCAAGAGGAACAUGAAGUAACUGAGGCCUCCUUAGAACCCCAACAGGAACAUGAAGUAACUGAGGCCUCCUUAGAACCCCAACAGGAACAUGAAGUAACCGAGGCGUCUUUAGAACCUCAGCAGGAACAUGAAGCAACUAAGCCUUCAGUAGAAUCCCAACCUGGACCAAACAUCCUUAUCUGUAAGCCAGAUAAGAGAAGUGAAGAAGAUCAGAAGCAGGAAAAAAAGGAUUCCAAUCCUAAUGUGCUUUCAACUGUGGCUCUGUUCCAAUCCAAAGCCUCACCGUCCAGGGUUUCUGCUGAGGCCACCAGACCUGGAUACAGCCCAAAAGGUCCUGAUACAUCUCUGAAGACUUCCCCUAGAGGACCUCGGAAAAUCCAGUCUUCUUCCAACCGGCUGAUCUUGAGCCCGAAAGGCGAGGACCAAAUCGUAAAAUCGCCCGUCGAUUCACCAACUGAAGACCAAGACGUGCCCCCCAUUAAAGUGUCUGAACUGAAAAAGAGGUUUGAACAAUGACUGGUAGGAGGGAAAUGGAUGAGGGCAAUCCAAAUUCUGGACACUCUUAUCUCACAUCAGUUUUUGAAGCAUGUAGUGACCACAAAGACAGACUCAAAACGCUUUUAUACAGUUUUUACAUAAUUUAAAAGAUUUACACUGAGUUGCCAGGUCCAACUAUUUUGUUAAUAAAGUAAUUGGCCAUUUUAUCAGAAACAUCUACCAUAUACAGAACUGUGCAAAAGUCAAAGACUCAUUGAUUUGUUUGAUUGAUUUCCAGUCAAAACAGCCAUUAAGUUGGGACAGUUUUAGGUCUUCCAGGUGGUUUUUAGGAGUCACAUUUUCUCUGCAGCUUUCAUUCAAAUCAUUUUUUUUUAACCCACUUAUCUAAUAUCCCCUGAAAAUCACACAUUUGUGAUUCAUGGCUGUUUUGACUGGAAAACAAAUCGAUGAAGGGUGCACUCUGACUUUUGCACAGCACACAAUCUAUUGUGUUGCACAAUUUACUGUCCAUCAAUGAAAACAAACCACCACAGGGUCCCCACUGGCCAGAUAUCAUUUGGGUGGUGAACCAUUUUCAGUGUAGCAGUGCCACGGACACUGUUUUGCUGAGUUGGUGUCAUUGCUAGGUUGAGAGUGGACCACCAGCCAAAAAUAUCCAGCCAGGAGUGGCUAUGUGGUCAGAAACUGACCAUUGAUGAAAAGCAAGAAAGAAACUGUCCACCAACAAGGUGGACCUACAAAAAAAGGGUUUCUGAUAAAGUGGCCAGUAAGUGUAUAUGUGACCAAAACAUUUCCUGAAAGCAUCACACUGUUAAUAUGUUACUUAUUAGUGCAGAUUGAAUGUGAUACUCCCUUGAUACUCACAAUGCUCCCUCUGUUUAUGUGCAGUUUGCAAAUCUGGGCCUCAAACUCACUGAAACUGGACUUACUGGACAUUCACAGUGUAAAGGAAUUUAUAUUUUUUGUUCGUUUUCAAAACAACAUAUUUGUAAUACAUUAAAGUUUUUUGUCAAUUCUUCCAA